AUGGCCGAUUGCCUGUUUUUGAUUUUACCAUUCAUAGUAGUUGUAUCAUGGGUUACUUUUUUAAUAACAUGUCCUCCAAUUAAGAAGAAACAAGUAAUUACAGAACCUUUAUCAAGAAUAAUCGAAAUUGAAGCAGAAAAAUUUAAUGGUACUUCAACAUAUAAAAUAAAACGAAAAAUCAAUCUUUCAGAAACAGUUGCUUACGUUGAUAUGUGGAGAUCUCACUGGUGCACGUAUUAUAAUGACAGAGAAUUCUUUUUCACACCUAGAAUCAAUGAAAUGCUUCAAAGGUUACGUCAAUUCGAUGUUCCUGUUGUUACUAUUUCAUCAGUUGUCGAUUAUUUUUUACCAUCAUCCACACAAAGAAGAAAAGGAUUAAAAGCUAUCGAAAAAGGUAGAUUACCAAUACUAGAAGAAUAUGAAGCCAGACAAAUGGCAUAUCAUCACGAAUAUAUACCAGGAUUUGAUGAUAUUUGCAUGUACGACGGCCUAGAGCGAUACGGACCUACCAGAGAUAACAGAUUCACACCUACAAUUGCACUAUCCGAUAAAGAUUACUUUUCUGCAAAUUUCAGAGAAUCAGCCGAAUGCUUUGUUGGCCUUGGUGCAAAAACAGUUAUUGUGUUUGGACAACACACAAAUAUGUGCUUGAUGGCCGUUUUCUUGUAUUGCCAACAAGUUAGAUUAGAUUUGAUUAUUGUCCGUGAUUUAACAGAUGGAUGCUGGGUUUAUCCACUCCAAAAGGAGCAUGUCAAUACACAUACAAAGAGCAAUGUUGCAACGAAUAACUACUUCGAUCAAAAAUUUGGAUGUUCAAUUCUUUCUUUCGAUCUCUACAGAUCUCUUCGCCAAAUAUCUCCUUCAGUUGAGAAACCAAAAUAUCAGUAUUUCUUGAAGACAGCUCAUAUGUUUAAGAAUUUUCUGUAA